UGAGUGUGGUGUUAUUUGUUUAUUUGUGUUUUUUGGUAUUUCCUGUGUGUGAAAAUAUGUAUUUCUUCCAAAAUAGUGGCGAAACCCUAGUGGUUUUCGCGUGAUCAUGUUAGUAAGAGAUUUUACUGAAUUGAAGUCGUGGAUUCAACAGCUUAGCCACUAAUCGACAAUUCCAAAAUUACCGUAAUGGAAACUCAUAAACAUGACCAAUGGGAGGCUCUGGCGACUGUUAAAUCGUUUGACUUAGGAAUAGAGCACAAUAGUCACAGAGAGUCUCUCUUCAGUCAAAGCAUGCAACAAGUUGACAUUGUCAAUACAACAGCAACCACACCCAUUAGUCUCCUGGUACAGUCGCUCGUCAAACAGCUAUGUUCCCUACUUGAAAAAGAUUACAAUAGAGCAAACCAACUUUACAACACAAUAUGUGAAAAACUUCAUAGUAUGAAUUUGAUAGAUAACUCAUAUGCAAUGGGUGAGUUUGAGGUUAUGAGGAGUCAGUAUCAAAGAGCCCUUUACCAGUUGGUAACAGUCACCAAUGGUUCCGAAAUACCUAUCACUCUUCCGAUCACCUGGCCUAUAGUUCAGCCAUCUGGUCUAGAAUGGUCUAGAUACCAUAAAGAGUUUGAAGAAUUAUGUUUUAUUGCUGGAGGGGGCUUUGGUAGUGUGUUCAAAGCUCGGCAUAGGCUAGAUGGUGUAAAAUAUGCUGUUAAAAAGGUUUACAUAAAGUCAUCCAAUGUAAAUUCUAUUAUGACUCAUUUAGCAGAGGUAAAAACUAUUGCAAGCCUAAACCAUCCAAAUAUUGUCAAUUAUAAAGCAGCUUGGCUGGAACCAAUGAUUGAAUCAACAAUAAAGAAGAAACGUAAAUUGGAUAUGGAAGAUAGUGAUGAGUUUUCCUCUAUGAAUUCUGACAUUAUGUCCUCUGCUCAUCCAAAUAUAGUCAAGUCAUUUAAAACACAUGAUUCCAAAGAACUAACAAGAAACAACAGUCAAUCCGAUUUUGUGAUAUCAUUUAAAAAUUCCAGCAGUUUUGAGCAAGGGGAGAGUUCUGAUGAGGAAUCGGAAUGUGAAAGCGAGGAUGAUUCCGCUACACCCGAUGACCAGAAUGCUUUGUGUAAGAUUUUAUCUGGUAAGGAUUACGAAAACUGUUCCAGAAUCAAUCUGAAAUGGGCCACACUUUAUAUACAAAUGACUUACUGUCAUCAAACACUGAAACAAUGGUUGGAUAGUAGAAAUAGUCGUUUACCAUUGUCCAGAAAAAAUUCUGAUGACUUGACGCUUCCGCAUAGUGACUCUAGUGAUUCUUCUGGUUUUGACACAUCAUUUGUCUCCGAAUGCAACUACCCAGUUUCUUGGACACAUAUUGAUGUUAUUAUGGACAUGUUCACGCAACUCGUUCGUGGUCUGCAUUAUAUUCACUCCAGAGGUAUUAUUCAUCACGACAUAAAGCCUAGCAAUGUGUUUGUGGAACGUAGUGAGAAUGGUUUGCUAGUGCAGUUGGGUGAUUUUGGCUUGGCAUGCCCGCUGCAACAGUCACAUAGUGGUUUAGCACUUGGUACACAUUUGUAUGCUGCACCUGAGCAACUAGAUGGACAGUGCAACCCAAAGAGUGAUAUGUACAGCCUGGGCAUAAUACUUUUAGAGAUGGUCGAACAGUUUAGCACAGAAAUGGAACGUGUUAAAACUAUAACAGACUUGCGGAAAGGGCAAAUACCUGCUCGCUUGACUGCUAACUACCCUAAAAUAGCCCAUAUUAUUGGUAAACUUGUGCAGUGGAGGCCAGCCAAGAGGUUAGAUACGAAACAACUACUGGAAGAGUUGAAAUACCUCUCAGAAGAUAAGGAUGAGACCAUAAGGUCAUUGAAGGAGGAAUUGGCUGCCAAGGAUGAUGAGAUUGCUAAAUUGAAAAUGAUGUUAGCCAAGUUUAAUCCUUGACUUGAGACAUUUUCUGAGAAUUUAAGAAAUAACUAUCCAAAUGAAACCUGUAAACUGCAUUCUUUCCAAUUAAUAAACCUUUAGUGUAUGGUUGAAUAUUUUCUGUUAUAACUUAAAAUCUCUUUAAAGCAUGAUUUCUCAAAACUGAUAUUGUUUGACAUUUAUAAUUAAAAAUCUCAACACAAAGUUUAUAUAGAACUGAUCCACAAGCAUAAUCCUAGAAUUUCGGACAGUUUAUUGCUCGUAGAUAGGACAGUUAAUUUGUGCAUUUUAUUUAAAAAUGUGAGUGAUAUAAACUUGUCACAAAUUUGUUGAUGCGUACUUAAGUAGUUAUUAUGUGCGUGUGUGUGUAAAG